AUUAUUGCACUAGGGUUGGCUGGCCAAUGAGCUGCUGCUUGCUAUUAUAAUGGGUCCUAGCAAUAGGUCUGACCUUGGGCUAACAGGGGAGGAGACCCCACCAGCAGGGAGAGUGUGAGGGGACAGGGAGAGCCUGCAGGGCAGGCCCAGGAGAAGCCAAGUGCUCCCUUCUACCCCCGCAGACACCGAGGACCACGCGCCCCCCGUGACUCUCCCCCCAUCCCCGCGCCCUCUGAGCCGCUGGUCACCAUGGCGACUUCGAGGUUGCCCGCGGUGCCCGGGGAGGAGGAGACCACCAUCCUCAUGGCCAAGGAAGAGCUGGAGGCCCUGCGCACCGCCUUCGAGUCGGGCGACAUCCCCCAGGCGGCCUCUCGCCUCCGGGAGCUGCUGGCGUCCUCCGAUAGCACUCGCCUGGAGGUGGGCGUCACGGGCGAGUCGGGCGCCGGCAAGUCGUCCCUCAUCAACGCCCUCCGUGGCCUGGGGGCCGAGGACCCCGGCGCGGCCCUCACUGGCGUCGUGGAGACCACCGUGCAGCCUUCUCCCUACCCGCACCCACAGUUGCCCGACGUGACCCUGUGGGACCUGCCGGGGGCCGGCUCUCCGGGCUGCCCGGCUGACAGGUACCUGAAGCAGGUGGACUUCUGCCGCUAUGACUUCUUCCUGCUGGUCUCCGCCCGCCGCUGCGGGGCCGUGGAGACCCGCCUGGCCUCCGAGAUCCUGCGCCAGGGCAAGAAGUUCUACUUCGUGCGCACCAAGGUGGACGAGGACCUGGCGGCCACGCGCACCCAGCGGCCCUCGGGCUUCAGCGAGGCGACCGUCCUGCAGGAGAUCCGCGACCACUGUGCCGAGCGGCUGCGGGCGGCCGGCGUUGCCGACCCCCGCAUCUUCCUCGUGUCCAACCUCUCGCCGGCCCGCUACGACUUCCCGCUGCUCGUGUCCACCUGGGAGCACGACUUGCCAGCCCACCGGCGCCACGCCGGCCUGCUGUCGCUGCCGGACAUCUCACUGGAGGCGCUGCAGAAGAAGAAAGACAUGCUCCAGGAGCAGGUGCUCAAGACGGCCCUGGUGUCGGGCGUCAUCCAGGCCCUGCCCGUGCCGGGGCUGGCGGCCGCCUACGACGACGCUCUGCUUCUCCGCUCGCUGCGCGGCUACCACCGCAGCUUCGGCCUGGAUGACGACUCGCUGGCCAAGCUGGCCGAGCAGGUGGGCAAGCAGGCGGGCGACCUCCGCUCCGUCAUCCGGUCCCCGCUGGCCAACGAGGUCUCGCCGGAAACUGUCCUGCGGCUCUACUCACAGUCAUCCGACGGCGCCAUGCGGGUGGCCCGUGCCUUCGAGAGGGGCAUCCCCGUGUUCGGGACGCUGGUGGCCGGGGGCAUCGGCUUCGGCGCCGUCUACACCAUGCUCCAGGGUUGCCUCAAUGAGAUGGCCGAGGACGCCCAGCGGGUCCGCAUCAAGGCCCUGGAGGAGGACGAGCCCCGGCCUUCGGUCAGCCUAGAGGCGGCGGGUGACAACGGCGUGGAAAAGCGGGUGUCCGGGGAGGGAACCUGCGAGGAGGCCCCGCUCUCCACCCGCCGGAAGCUCGGCCUGCUCCUCAAGUAUAUCCUCGACAGCUGGAAGAAGCGUGACUUGUUGGAAGACAAGUGACCGCGCAGCCCCUGUCCCCUCGCCUCACCCACAAACCAAGCCUUGACAAAAACCGACCAACCAACCGAC